CUUCCCUCUCUCUCUUCCCUUCAACCAAACAAGCCAAAACACUCCCAUCCCUUCCUCUCUUCCAUCCUCUUUAAUUCCUCCCCCCAAACGAACAUAACAUAAAUUAAACGCAGUAUAAUUUGGAAACAAACACCGUCUUUCACUAUCCCAAACAAGGAUUUCCUAAACUCAUCUAAGACAUCCUAAACCCUAAUUUUAAACGGACCACAGUAGAGUUGAAAGUAAACCAGCAACUCUGACAAAGGCGUUCUUGGUAGUAUCCAUAUCACAAACGGGUCUCCAGAGGGCUUCGUCCCCAUUUCGAUUGCUCCACUCUUCUCUGUAGGGAGAGAAAAUCCACAAACUCAAAAACCCAUCUGCAAAACCUUUCAAACCACUAUCUAUACCCAUCCUAAUCUCACCCAGAAGUGUACAAACACAUCAUGAGUCGCUAUGACAGCCGCUCCGGCGACCCCGGUUCGUACCGUGACCGGAGAAGUGAUUUGGGGUUUGGUGGCGGUUCGAGUUAUGGCGGUGUCCGUUCCUCAUCGAGCAGGAGGGACUAUGAGGGGACGGAGCCAGCCCGGAAGUUGGAUUUGGAUGGGUUGACUCCUUUUGAGAAGAACUUUUAUGUCGAGUCACCUUCUGUUGUGGCAAUGUCGGAGAGUGAGGCUGAGGAGUAUAGAAGGCGGCGAGAAAUCACGGUGGAAGGACGGGAUGUGCCUAAGCCAGUCAAGGCUUUCCGUGACGUUGGCUUUCCAGAUUAUGUUCUGCAAGAAAUUGAAAAGGCUGGCUUCUCUGAACCUACACCUAUUCAAGCUCAAGGGUGGCCAAUGGCUUUAAAAGGCCGCGAUCUCAUUGGUAUUGCUGAAACAGGGUCAGGGAAGACACUAGCCUACCUAUUGCCUGCAAUUGUCCAUGUUAAUGCUCAGCCAAUUUUAGCUCUUGGAGAUGGUCCUAUUGUGUUAGUUUUAGCUCCAACACGUGAACUUGCUGUUCAGAUACAACAAGAAGCUGCAAAAUUUGGUGCAUCAUCAAAGAUUAAGAAUACCUGCAUAUAUGGUGGGGUUCCAAAGGGACCUCAAGUCCGUGAUCUUCAGAAAGGUGUUGAAAUUGUUAUUGCUACUCCGGGAAGGUUGAUUGAUAUGAUGGAAUCUCAUCAUACAAACUUGCGAAGGGUUACAUAUCUUGUGCUCGAUGAGGCGGAUCGGAUGCUAGAUAUGGGCUUUGACCCUCAAAUUCGAAAAAUUGUUUCUCAGAUUCGUCCAGAUCGUCAAACGCUUUAUUGGAGUGCUACGUGGCCCAAGGAGGUUGAACAACUUGCAAGGCAAUUCCUUUACAACCCAUACAAGGUGGUUAUAGGUUCUUCAGAAUUGAAAGCUAAUCAUGCAAUUCGCCAGCACGUGGACAUUGUUUCAGAAAAUCAGAAAUAUAACAAAUUGGUGAAGUUGCUGGAGGAUAUUAUGGAUGGUAGUCGGAUUCUGAUAUUUAUGGAUACUAAGAAAGGAUGUGACCAGAUUACCCGGCAGCUUCGCAUGGAUGGUUGGCCUGCCCUCUCUAUUCAUGGAGAUAAGAGUCAAGCAGAAAGGGAUUGGGUCCUCUCAGAGUUCAAAGCUGGCAAGAGUCCUAUAAUGACUGCAACAGAUGUUGCAGCUCGUGGUUUAGAUGUGAAGGAUGUGAAAUUUGUGAUCAACUAUGACUUUCCGGGAUCCCUUGAGGAUUAUGUACACCGCAUUGGUCGAACAGGAAGGGCUGGGGCCAAAGGAACAGCGUACACUUUCUUCACAGCUGCAAAUGCCAGAUUUGCGAAAGAACUUAUUAGCAUCCUUGAGGAGGCUGGACAGAAGGUCAGUCCUGAGCUGGCAGCUAUGGGGCGUGGUGCACCUCCCCCAUCAGGUCAUGGGGGUUUCCGAGAUCGUGGCCGGGGUUACAGUGCUGGUCGUUCAUGGAACUAAUUAAUGAAAAUGAUGCACACGCUGGAUGAUUGCGAGGAAAGAUCAUUGCAAUUGCGCUCACAAUGUCAUGAAGGCUUCUUUCUAGUUGGUCAAUCAAUGGCAGACUCUCUCUUUCUCUCCAUCCUCUUAUGUUACUCAUGUAACUUAAUGAUCUCCUAUUCUUAAAAUUAGAGGAGUCCACUUGAUAUGUGUAGGUGGAGCUCAAAUGUUCUUUGCUUAAUCCACUUGGGUGACCGAGUUGGUUAAUUUAUGUAAGAUAAACGUGAGUCGUAGCAUCAUCAUUUAUUAGUUGUUGAGGGAGGAAAACUUCCCACUCUUUUCUA